AUGGCGCAUCGAGCUUCUUCAGUACUCCCUCCCUUCGCUAAACCUAUAUUGUUUUCACCAAUCCUCCUUACCCGAACUCUCCGCACAACAAUUAGAUGGCAAAGCACUGGUACGAAACAUGACGAUGGUUCUGCGGAGCAAACGCCAGACUUAUCCAAUUUGAAUCCACCGCCUGAGGACUACGGCCGCUUUAUCUUCCAAGACAAAUGUACUGUUGCGAUGCAUGCUGGAGCAGGUGGCCACGGAUGUGUUUCAUUUCUCCGCGAAAAAUACAUCGAGGAAGGCGGGCCAAAUGGAGGCGAUGGCGGUAGUGGAGGUGGUAUAUACAUUCAAGCUGUUGAAGGCUUGACUAGUUUACAUAAGUUGGCCCGCAGGGGAACUAUCCGAGCUAGUCGAGGGAGAAACGGCCAGGGUAAAAGUCGUGGUGGCAAACGAGGCGAUGAUGUGCUCAUUCAAGUGCCUAUCGGGACAGUAGUGCGGGAAGUGGACCGAUACGAUCCCGUUGCUGAUGCGAUUGUUAUGAGGCGACAGGCGAGAAGGCAGGCCGAGGAGAGGAAGAGGGCGAAGAAAGAGGAAGAAGGUGAGGAGGAAGAAGAAGAAGAUGAUGAUGAUUUCGUUCCGAUCAACUAUGAUCGCUGGGUUCUUUAUCCAGGAUCUAACCCUUCUGAUUUCCUCACUGUCACUUUUCCCGACCUUAAACCGCGGAGACAGGCCAUUGCGGCGAUGGAGCCCCAGAAGCCCAUCUAUCUUGACUUUACUCGACCAAUGGAUAAACCCAUGCUAUUAGCAGCAGGUGGUGCUGGCGGUUUUGGAAAUGGCCACUUUGCCACGCGCGCGAUGGGACGACCAAAAUUUGCAUCCCGGGGCGAAGGCGCCAUUCGCCUUGAACUUGACUUCGAGCUCAAGCUACUGGCAGAUGUUGGUCUAGUCGGCAAGCCUAAUGCUGGCAAAAGUACCCUUCUACGCUCCUUGACCAAUAGCCGCACGAGAAUCGGAAAUUGGGAAUUCACUACUCUAUCGCCUCACAUCGGCACUGUCAUCGUCGAUGACAAUACCGGCCGUCCGGUGAUAGAGAGUAAAGGAAGGAUUCCCCGCACACGCUUCACUAUUGCAGAUAUUCCCGGUCUAGUGGAAGACGCCCAUCUCGACCGUGGUCUUGGACUCGGCUUCCUUCGCCAUAUUGACCGAGCAGGCAUUCUGGCAUUUGUCAUUGACCUAAGCGCCGGUGACCCAGUACAUGAGCUCAAAAAGCUAUGGCAUGAACUUGGCGCGUAUGAGCGGCAACGUGAUACCGAGCCCGAGCCUACAUCUACGCGGAAGGGCGUGAUUGAUUGGAAUUCGUCUUCCACUGGAGGACUCGAGCAGUUGCAAGACGAAUCUCGCCAUCAAUCACUGAAUAAGCCGCCCCGCGCGCUUCCUUUCCUUAAUACACCGCUGAUCCAUACCAAACCAUGGUUUGUCGUGGCCACUAAGGCUGAUCUGGAAAACACCCAGGAUCAGUACAAAGCCCUGCAAGAAUAUCUCUCCGCUGUUCAGGCUGGCACAGUUGAACACCCUUCUGGACAUUCUAAUGGUUGGAAGACGGAGGUAUCUGCUGUGCCUAUCAGUGCGAUUCGAGGCGAGGGCGUCUCGCGCAUUCGCAGCCUCGUCAUGCAUCUUUUGGAUUGCUACUAG